GCCCCGCCCCCACAUGAAAGGGCCGAGCCGCAGAGCGCGACAUUAGCUCUGAGCUAAUUAGCUCGUUAAGCCCGGAGCUUUAUUGUCCUCAUAAAUCAUCUCCGGUAAAUGCUUCCUCUCCCGCACGCAUGCCAGUGAUUAGUCCUCUCCAUGGCGUUUAACGGCCACCAGCGCGACGAUGAUCCGCUCCACUCAGACGAGACGCCGCCGAAGCAGCCGCGGUCCAGCGCGGAGCCGCCGGACUGCGAAGCCGCUGCGAGAGCCACGUCCGACCGGCGGAGCUCCAACUCGACGCCGAGGCUUCGGAGGGACUCGGUGAAGAAGACGAGGCCGCCCUUCCCCUGGUUCGGGAUGGACAUCGGAGGCACCCUGGUGAAGCUGGUGUACUUCGAGCCCAAAGACAUCACGACCGAGGAGGAGCAGGAGGAGGUGGAGAAUCUGAAGAGCAUCCGCCGCUACCUGACCUCCAACACCGCCUACGGCAAGACGGGCGUCCGGGACGUCCACCUGGAGCUGUCCGACCUGACGCUGUGCGGCCGGACCGGCAACCUGCACUUCAUCCGCUUCCCCACGCACGACCUGCCCGCCUUCCUGCAGAUGGGCCGCAGCAAGCACUUCUCCAGCCUGCACACCACCCUGUGCGCCACGGGCGGAGGCGCCUACAAGUUCGAGGCCGACUUCCGAACGACGGCGGACCUGCAGCUGCACAAGCUGGACGAGCUGGACUGCCUGGUCCGCGGCGUCCUCUACAUCGACUCGGCGGCGAGCGGCGGCCCGUCGGAGUGCUACUACUUCGAGAACCCGACGGAGCCGGAGCGCUGCGUGCAGCGGCCGUACGCGCUGGAGAACCCCUACCCCCUGCUGCUGGUCAACAUCGGCUCGGGGGUCAGCAUCCUGGCCGUGUACUCCCAGGACAACUACAAGCGAGUCACUGGGACCAGCCUCGGUGGGGGGACGUUCCUGGGUCUGUGCUGUCUGCUGACCGGCUGCUCCACCUUCGAGGAAGCUCUGCAGAUGGCGUCUCAGGGGGACAGCACCCGAGUGGACAAGCUGGUCCGGGACAUCUACGGAGGAGACUACGACAGGUUUGGCCUGCCGGGCUGGGCCGUGGCGUCCAGUUUUGGGAACAUGAUGUCCAAAGAGAAGCGGGACUCUGUGUCCAAAGAGGACCUGGCCCGAGCCACGCUGGUCACCAUCACCAACAACAUCGGCUCCAUCACCAGGAUGUGUGCGCUCAACGAGAACAUCCAGCGGGUGGUGUUUGUGGGGAACUUCCUGAGAGUCAACACUCUGUCCAUGAAGCUGCUGUCCUACGCCAUGGACUACUGGUCCAGAGGACAGCUGAAGGCACUGUUCCUGCGCCACGAGGGUUACUUUGGAGCAGUGGGUGCCCUGCUGGAGCUCCUGCAUCCGUCCUAACGGCGCCGGCGGAGCUGCAGACCUUCAGCACUUUAACGCCGUCCCGGGCCCCGCCCCCCCGGGCAGGUUCUGCAGGUACCAGCGGUCAGCUGGUCCCAGAACAGAGCGGUCCUCUGUUCCGCCUGGAAACGGUUCCUCUUCCUGUGACUGUUCUCUCCCUCUCUGCCACUGGAUCUGACGUUCUGAGGUUCUCUGCUGGCGUCGCGGCCGUCCGUCCCUCCGUCCGUCUGUAAUUCGCCGCGCCGCUCUGUUACUUUUCCAGUGUGUAUCUCAGUACUUUGAGUCCGUUUGUUCCCUGAAACGUUCCGCUGCUUGAGAACCGGAGCGGAAUGUCUGCAGCAGCCGGCGAUGUGGGCGGAGCUGACGGAGGAUCGGUGAGCUCCCACGCUGGCAGGACGAGCGGGUUCUCCGGGGACCCGGGUUCUCCAGGGACCAGCCCCACCAGGAACCCUUCAGCCAAGUGCCUGCUGUUUUAUAGAGACCAGUCUUUGUACUUUUACCCGACUUUCCCCAAUAAAGCUGAGCUCCUC